AUGGCGCCGACCGACUCGUACAAAUGGUCCCCUGAGCUCAAGCGGAAACUCAUACGUUUCAGAGCUGAAAACGAGGAGAAGUUUUUAAAGUCCAGAUAUAGCGCCAAAAAACAAUGGGAACCAUCGGUGGAUCCUCCUGUUGUUGUGGCCUCAUUCCUGGAGGAUGACAACACAACCAUAGUGCUGGAAAUUGAGGAGCCCAGCACCUCUGCAGCUGCACCAUCCUCAUCUACUGCAAAUCAGGAUGAGUCCCAACCCACAGCAUCAUCUGCUCCACCUCCAGCUCCUCCUGCUGCAUCUCCCUCUCCCCGUAAAAGAAAAAGGAAAUCAAGUGCAAUUGUAGAGUUUUUAAAAGAAGAAUCUACAAAAGAGCAGAAGAGGCAUGAGGAGAGCGAGGAAAAGUCAGAAAGAUUCCUCGGGCUGUUUCAGCAGCUGGUGGACAAAAUGUAA